AUGGAUUUCAUUACCGGACUUCCAGUAGCAAGAGGACGGAUGAACAAUUCAAUUUGGGUCAUCGUGGAUAGACUAACCAAAGUGGCACACUUACUCGCGGAAAGAGAUUCAGACAAAGUAGAAAUCUUAGCCGAACGCUACAUCAAUCAAAUAGUCAAACUACAUGGAGUACCAACAGAUAUAGUGUCAGAUCGAGAUCCAAGAUUCACGGCAGCAUUCUGGAAGGCAUUACAAGAAGCAAUGGGAACAGAGCUCAACCUCAGCACAGCUUUUCAUCCAGAAACCGACGGACAAACAGAGAGAACCAUCCGUACUUUAGAAGACAUGCUACGCAUGUGUAUACUUGAUUGGUCUGGCAUGUGGGAAGACUAUUGA